UCUUCGUUGGUAAAACUCACAAAGUCAAAAUUUUAUCAAAAUCGAAAAAUAAAAGUAACAUAAAAAAGUGAACGCAAGUGAAAUAAAAUACAAGAAAAAAGGACUGUGUUGCUUAUCGCGUGAAUAAAGAAACUGAGGUGUACUAGCUGGAGAUAAUAUAUAACAAUAAAAAAAAACAUUUGGCGUUUGUUUAGCGUCCGGUGAGAAAAAGUAUAAUUUUUAAGUGAUCGACAUUUAUAGGAGUCUAGCUCAAUACCAACAUACAUACAUUCGUGCGCGGAUUUGUGUGUUUUCUUUGCAACCUACCUUCUUUGUGUUCUACGCCCCAUAUCGAUUGCAGCGAAGUACUAAGAACGCUUUCCUGCUAAAAAGUGGCAGCAAACACCGGACAUCGAUCAAAAGAAGGAAAUUCGUUCUCACUUAUAUAAAUUGCGUGAAUCGCGUUUACGUGACUUAUAUCAAGGCGAAAUCAUGGCUGGCAACUACGCUAAAGAUCCGUUGAACUCGUCGCACGGCGAUUCUUUGGUGGGUCAAAAUUUUCAAAGCUUGAAAUCAAAAGAAGUUCGAGAUUCAGUGAGUCCCAUAAAUGAUUUGAAGUUCCACUCCAUGACCCUGAAUCAUCCCAAUACAACUGGUUGGGACGUGCAAACUUCGUCCGAGGUGAGUCCAGAUGGACGCGCAUAUCGUACCGAAACCUUGGCUACUACAGAUGGCGUUGAAAAGAUUAAUGGAGGCACCGCUGAAUUCCGCGGCCGAAACGAGCAACGCGCAAGUGCUUCCCAUCAAGGGGACGAUAAGAACUUCGUUAAGAAGGCAUCGGAAAGCUCUAAUACUCACUUGCAAGAGCGUGUAGUGGUUGGCGAUGAGAAUUCCGGUCGCACUGAAAUGAAAACUAGCUCGACUACAACAUCAUCCUCAUCCCAGGUGACAUCCUCGUCAUCCACUAUCGAAUAUGGUGGUGCCGAUCCAAAUGAUGGUCGAUAUCUUAUGGAUAAUACUCAGCGACAACAUCAAGAUCAUCAACGACUCACCCAAGAUCAAUAUAAUCAGCAGAUUCGGCGACAACAACAAUUACAGCAGCAAGAAUAUGAACAAAACAUACAACACCAACACCAACAACAACAACAACAGCAUCAGCAACGUGUCCAGCAGCAACAUCAGGAAUUCAAUAGUAAUCGUCAAGAAUCGUCUACAAGCCGUAACGUUGAGACUCAACAGACGAAGGAGCAGAAUAGACGUGUUGUAGAUAUGGAUAAGGCUUCGCCUGAAUAUCAGCAACAUGUCCAGUAUCUUAUGGCACAACCUGGUGAGAUUAUCUCGAACACGGUUGAGUAUCCGAAGCCGAAUGUUAAGAUGAUCACUACCGUUAAACGAUUGCCUGAUGGUACUAUCGUCAAGAAUAAACGUUACGAAACGGAAGAGUUACGUCCUACAGCGGAUACCCAACGUCAACGUACGACUUCUACUACGAGCCAGAGCAGCACUCAACAUAGAAACGAACAACAAAGACGUGAGCAGACAGAAGACAAUGUAUACAAUCGUCAACAAAACGUGCGCAAUAAUGUAUAUUCGAAUAAUACUCCAAGACGACCUGAACAUGAUGUCGUCGAUAACGCCGAACCCUUCUUGCGCAAACCCAAUCCACAAGAGUUAGCAGUUUCACAUCCGGCCGACCGUUUUGUGGAUGAAACCACCAACGUUGAAACUAAAUUUUCAUCGGUGAAGAAAUCAAGCCGUAAAUUCUCCACUGAAACGACAUCAGAAACUAUUGAGGAGUUUUCGGAUCAGCCACCCUCUUCACAAGCUCCUGGUAUCAGAGGUAAACCGCCGAGUGGUCAUUCACCUAACAAGGAUUUUUCUACCCAUGGAUUUCCUUCAGUGAAGCCGAAUAAGCCCACUCAAGAAUAUCCUUCUGAACGUCCACAUACCGGCUCACAACCUGAUUUUAGUACUCAUGGGUUUCCUUCGGUGAAAUCAAAUAAACCAACACAAGAAUACCCAAGCGACCGUCCACGUCCUUCUGAGGUGGAGCGUAUAACACAACGAACUGUGAUCCCUACAAACAAACCUAACACAGACGCACCACAUGGGUUUCCCGCAGUAAGACCAAACACAAAUAUUACUACAACCAAAGAUGGUGAUGUGAUAAUUGUAAGUUCUGAAUCUACGCGUAGUUCAAAAUAUAAGACCAAUGCAGAGCGUAUUAUCGAAACUGAAGUAGUAGUUGAUGGAGAUUCUAAUGUUCGUCCUGAAAGUUAUCCUAACCGUGGGUUUCCCGCAGUAAAUGAACCAUCAACGGGAGGUAGGGAUUCGCCAAGAUAUGGUGCUCCUAUUAAGGAUCCGAUAAAACAAUCGGCGGAUUACUCCACAAGCGGAUUUCCAUCUACCAGAGAUGUGGCUAGACCGCAUUCAGGACAGCCUGUACCUUCAAGAAUCAUUGACCAAGAUGGAAAUGUAACAGUAGUAAGCUCGGAAUCAAAAAAAGUGAUUAAACAUAAUACAAACAGGGAGCAUAUUAUUGAAACAGAAAUUGCUGGCGAUUAUGACCAUCAUACACCGUCAGGCUUACGUCAACCCGACAAAAUUACAUUUCCACCUACCCCUCAACCAGGGGAUUUUAGCACACAUGGAUUCCCAUCGGUAAGAGACUCUGCCCCCACCAAUGAUGCAUAUCGUCCACAAGGUACACCUACACGUGAUUAUCCAAGUAGCCCUCGAAAGGCACAACCAUCCGAAGAUUUUUCGACACACGGUUUUCCCUCUGUUAGGGAGUCGGCACCUGUUAGAGGAAGUACACCAUCUCGAGACUACCCGAGCAGCCCAGGUCAACAUCAACCAAAAGAAGAUUUUUCUACACAUGGUUUCCCAUCUGUAAGAAGUCCCAACAAAUCUGCACCGGAUUUCUCAACACCGUCAGGUGGCUUCCCAUCAACUAGGGAUACUAACGCUCCCAAGCUUACGCCAACUCAACCACAAAGAAUACAACCGAAUUCAACACCCACAAGAAAACCCACGAGUACGACAGACUCUUCUCAACGUCUGAUUUCGAAGGAGAGGGAUGUCGACGCCACCCAUCGUGCCUUUGCCGCUUCCCUUCGAUGCUCAUCACCAGUGGAUAGUCCAGACCAUCAUCGGACCACACCGCGUUCCAGCGUUUCAUCGACUAGGACAUUCCGACGAGAUGGCCGAGAAGGUUCCCAUGACAGCGAAACAAGUCGCAUCAGUUCGGGCACAGUUACGCGUUCUUCGCCAAGUAAGAGUGUUGGUAAAACUGUCGUUACAAAGCAAACUGUUGUUAAAACUCGUAACGUGAAUGGUUCUAACGAAACAAUUGAUUUAACACCCCAGCAGCGCCCCACAAAGUCGCCGUCUCCCACAAAGACCAUCACAACGACCACCACACGCACCACAACAACUAGAAAGAGUCCAGGAGAAGUGCCAAAACCAGAUAAUCAAAAAUCUAAGCCAGCCGAAAACACAUUUCCUAUUAUUAACGAACCACUAACCAUCACAAAAACCCACUUUACCGCAAAUGACGCCAGCUUCCUCGGCAACGAGGUGGUCGAGGAGCCAUGCUUAAAAAAACACUUUUACAAACUCGGUCCGUCCGACAAAGCAACAACAAACAAUGUUGACGAGAAGUCACCAUAUUCACCAGCACCAAGUAAUAACAUACAUCGCACUCAUCCCAAACCAAAAUCCCAAGUUCGGGAUGAUUUCGAAGAUGUUAACCACGAAGAGCCCAUCCAUAAACAACCACUAAGUUCAUCCGUAAUCGAACCUAAACAACGUAAUCGUUCACCAUCAGGACCACUUCCAAGUAGUAGUCCGCAAACCAUUUGUCAACCAAACAGAAAAGAACCUAGUGUUGAGCGUAGGACUGUUGUGAGAGAAAGUGAAUUUGAAAACACAGAUUGGCAAAAUACAAUUCUAGAUUCGAACGAACGACCCUAUCCUGUAAAGGAUGGAUCUUCAAAAUCGCGAGAAAACCGUCCUACAGAUGAUUAUAUAAAAGAAACACCAGUUGAUACGUCUGAUUUUCCGGUCAUUAGAGAAGAAACUAUUAAACGACCAGAUCAAAAUAGACAGAAGGAGAUUUUGACUAUUAAAGGUACGAGAAAUGAAAAACUGCGAUCUAAUGAAGACAAAUUUGUAACAAUUGAGUAUGAUGUAAGAAAGCCGAAUGGUAAAGAGCCUUCUGGACCGGUCGGCAAAAAAUCUACUUCGGGGAAACCAUUAGAUUCAACAGACAGGGGACCUAACGAAAGCAAACCACUUGAACCUUCAAAACGAAGACCAUCUGAUAAACAUCCCACUGAAUAUACGGAUAAACCUAAAAGUCCAAUUCGAAAAACUUCCGAUAUUACCUCUUCAAAUAAAUUCGAAACCUCCGUAAUAACAAAAACUACACGGAAGGAAAAUUCAUAUGUUAUUGACGAUGAUAUCGAACCACAUCAAAGUAUUCCAAAACAGCCAACUGAGAAGAAACCUAGUGAUACAGGAAAACUAAAACCGAACGGCGUUGAUCGCAGUCCGACUAGAAAACCAACGAACUCAAAAACUCUCUCAAAUAUAACUUUGAAAUCGGUCUGUAAAGAAAACGAUGAACCUGUGGAUAAAAGACCAACGGGUGAAUCCCCAAAAGAACCUGCUUUUAAGAGACCAACGGGCAAGAAACCUGAACCUAGUCCCACACGAAAACCGGAGAAAGAUACUCCAAUUACUUCCGAAGACAAUGUAUUCAAAACCAGUACUAUUACUACUACGGUCACGAAAACUCGCAAAGACAACAUUUCUCCUACCAGAACCAACAAACCCAAGGAUAAAAUUCCUGAGGAAGAUAGACCAACAAAAUUGUCGCAACCAAAGCCGACAUAUACUAACACUAUAAAGCACGAACCUCGCGAUGAGUACCCCGCACCUAUUGAGAACAGACCAACAAAGAAAAUACCAACUAAGGAAAAUCUUAAAUCAACAGAAAUUAGAGUUACUAAAACGCAAGUGGUAGCAUCUACCGAUAAAUAUCAGCCUGGUCCAAAAGUAACAAAACCACUUACUAGAGAACCUUCCAAUCCAGAAUAUGAUGAUGACGUAAGCGAGAGUGAACGUGAACCAAGUAAUCCCAUCAGGACGGCACCAUCUGAGCCUGAAAAAGUCACACAGUCAAAUAAACCGCAUAAUACUCAAGAAGGAGAAGACUUCUCGGACACUGAGAGCACAAGCUCUUCAUUUAUAACGACAAUAAUUAAAAAGGUACGCACAGAUGAACCAAAAACAACUCAACAAACGAUUACCGAUGAGACGACAAAAGUUCAAGAGCUUUUCAAUAAAACCGACAAGACGAAACUAACUAAAAAUGUAAAUGAAGAAUUCAUAACUUUCGAACAACAGAUGCGGGAAAGAAUUCCAGUUGAUGAUACUCCUACAACUAAAACAGAAUUACGAAAUAAGGAAGCGAAGAAACUAAUUUCUGAACCAAUAGAUAAGUAUUCGAAACCCAAUGAUACAGACAAUGAUGAGCAAUCCUUUACUGAUGCAAAUACUUUGAAAAUAAGUUCAGUUACAACAACUUUAAGAACCGUUGCUCAAGACAAGUCGCAUUCCCCCGAAUACCAACACAGUGAUAGGGAACCCAAACUUGUGCAGCCAUCUGUUGUGGGCUUGAGUGACGACGAUGAGGUCCCACAGCAAACAAUUGAAUCGACUACAAUUAUUAGUACAAACAAGAAUACACGCAAAGAUAAUUCACCGAAUUUCACAGAUGGUGGAAAACCCAAAUCUGAUGCUCCUUGUGCCAAGAAGCCUACUGAGGGGAAAAAUAAGCCAAUUUUGCCGGAUCAUAGCACUAAGGAUCACAUUCCGUCACCAACACCAACUGAUCAAACUUUUGACACUAUUAUUUCGACUACCACUACUAAAAUUUCCAAAAACUUACCUGGCGAAAAAACAACAGCAAAGCCUCGAGAGCCUUUCGAUAAACUUGAGCAAACCACUUUCGAUGAAACUAAAAAAGUUGAGGAACUCUUUAAUACUAAUAAAUUGGCUCAUACAAAAAAUACUAUUGAAGAAUUUAUUACUAUGGAAAGGCAAAACAAAGAAACCCCAGAUGGAGCUUUUAUAUCGAAAGCACCUGAGCCUGAACCAAGUUCCCCAAGUUUUAAGAAAAAAGGUGUUAACCCAAGAGAAACCUUUGAAGAUCGUUGCCGUCAAAUCUUAGGCAUGGAAAACUAUGGAGACACUCCUGGUGUUUAUAAAAGGAAACCUGAAGAUGUAUCUGAUCAAACUGAGUCAGUUACCGUUAAUGUCACAGAAUUGGAUGUUCAAAUAGAGGACUGUGAAGAUGACGAACCCACUUAUCUAAAUAAUACUAAAGAUUCUGUUAAGCCUCAGAAACAUGAUUUCCCCACUACAUUUGAUAAAUCACAAAAACCAAAAACCCGCAAUACUCUUGAUGAUGAAAUAGUAGAAGAAGUGGAAUGUGUUCGUAAAGAAACCGUUGUACCAUUUAAAAGAAGUUCUCCAGAUACGGAGCCCUUGACUGAAAUUUGUCGUAAAACAACUUUGAUUUCUGAAACCGAUUUAAAUGAAGAAGAAGAUGAACAAACGGUCUCCAAAAAGUCUUCUAAAAUAGUUACUAAAACUUCCAGUCCAUCACCGAAGAAGGUGAAAUCCCAAAAUGAGGAGCCAGAAGAUUCAUCAACCACCGAUUCAGAGUUUCCGGAAAAAGAAACGGACGAAGAGUCUCAACCGGAUACUAUAGUAUCUAAAAGAGAUAUGCAAUAUACAGAAGAAGUAGAAAAUGUCUCGAAUGUGGUUGAGGUUACCAAAAAACGAGUAACGAAAGAAAAACGUUGUAGUCCUAAUAAAAGUCCGACCAGAAAGCCAUCAGAGCCUCAAGUUACUCGUAAAACAUCUCCCGUCAGGCAACAUCCUUCUGGCUCUUCCACGAUUACAGAAUUGAAAACAAUCGAAACAAAGACUAAGUCGCUUGAACCGAAUAACCCUUCAAAAAUCAGAAGUGAAACUAAGCCUGUUGACAAGUUAGCGGAGAAACCGGAUAAUCAAAGUAUUGUUGGAAGAGAUAAACCAACAUCUCCAGCGAAGUUGCGGUCAGAACGUAUUCAUAAAGUUGAUACGACUUCCGACAAAGGUCAUCAAAAGCCUACAAAAGAGUCUCCAACUCACACAAUCAAAGACCGCUUACGUUCUGCCACCCGAAAUAGGAAGCCUUCCGAAUCGCAGUCUGAUUCUUCGCCUGAUGUUAGUCCUUCACGGUUUACAGAGCGUAGACGUUCAAGUAAUAUUUCGGUACAUACUGAAAUCAUAAUUGAUCAUUCAGGACCAAAAUCUCCUAAACCUAUUGAAAAGAGCCCUGAGAAACAUACACCACAGACAAAGAAAACCAGUCCGACAGAUAAAACUUCACCAAACGCAAGACCGGUUCGAAGACUUCCUGUAACCGAACGAAAAGAAUCUGCGCCGGUUCCGAGUGUUACUCGUAAAGAAAAGGAUGCAAAAAUGACUAGAUCAACAAGUGAGAAAGUUAUGAAAGUUACUGAUAAACCGGUAAAAGAAACUGUUGUGAAUACAUUGGCACCAAGCCCCACACCGAAAGGCGAUCGUCGUCCUAAUAAGUGCUUCACCACCAAGACCAUAAAUCUCACUACUACAGAUAAACUAAUAAAUAGCGAUGAAAUGGAGAAUGUUAUAAUAGAUAUUCAACAUGCGAAGAGUUCUCGUGAGCCAUCACCAGAUAAAAUUGUCCCUACGCCAGUACCGGUGCAUUUAGAUACGGGUAAGCCUCGUUAUCCCGAUGUUGUACAAGAACCUGAAGAUGAACCACGCAAAAAACCGGUAAUCACAAAUAUACCUAUUUUCGAAGAAGAAUCAAACGAAUAUAUCAAAUGCCAUAUAUCAGAGGUGAAGACAGAUAAGAUUUCGAAAUUGGUGGACUUAGAUGAGAAUGAUAUUCUGGAUAACCCUAUGAUUGAAGCUCCAAAAAGUCUUGACUAUCCGUCUAUCGAUAGACCUGACGAUGACUGCCUUUUGAGCGUUCAUGAGAAGGUUUCCAAGUUCACACAUACAGCUGAAGAGAUUAAGAAACCCAAAGCAUCUAGCCCAUUCAAUAGAGAGUUCGACAAAACACCCAAAGUACCAGAAAACGAUGAAUGCUUAUUGACAGUUGAUGAAAAAGUUAACAAGUUCAUUAAGACAGCAGAAGAGGUAGCGAAACCCAUCACACCUAUACGGGAGGUUGAACGUCCCAGCUACACUGAUUUGGACGAAGAGUUACGAACAGAUGAUUGCACUUUGUCUGUGUCUCAAAAGGUGAAUAAAUUCUUGAGUACUGCAGAAAAAUUGGCUCCAACUGCACCGCAAAGGUCCCCUGAAUUGGUGGCUAAGAUCGAACGGACUAUUUCCAAGCAGAGUGAGCCAGAGUAUCCCGAAGAUCUUAGUGAUGAUGAACUAACGCCUUUUUCGCAUAAUCAUACUCUCGAGAUAGAGAAAAGACGUCAAAAAGACAUACUCUCUCGACCAACUGUAUUUGAAAAUACAACAAAAACUGAUCAGUAUAAUGAUUACUCAGAAGUAAAACUUACUACAACAGAAAAUAAUACCACACUAGAAGAACACGAGGAAGUAAUUCCUCACACAAGAGAUCAUACAACAAAAAUUGAGUUAAAGCGACAAAAAGACAUUUUGUCCAGACCUUCAAUCUAUAAUCAGAAUGUGAAAGGAAGACCACAAUCGCCCAAUAAAAAAGAACCCACUGGUCCAAGCAAGCAUCCAAUAACGAAUCUUAAAACAAAACAGAUGGAAUAUACAACACGGAAAAUAAACAGAGAGGAUAGUGAUAAAAUUGAAAUUAAAAGUGAGCGCAAACCAUCUACUCCACUCUCCAAGCCUGAUAGCCGUAGAACAACAAAACCACAAGCUUCGUCUGUCGCUGUAACCAGAUCUCGUUUUGAGACACCUGAUAUUAAAAGGAAUACACCAAAAUCGCCUGUUGAACCAAAAACCAAUCGAGUCCAUUCACAAAUUAUUACUGGUCGUAAACCAACGAGUGAACCCAAGACGUCUGGUAGAAAACCAUCAUCGGAAUCGAUCACUAACGCUUCUUAUCCAAGCAGAGGUAAACCAACAACUGAGCCUGAUAGUCAUUUUGAUGGCAAGCAACCAUCUACUGAAUUCGAAAUCAACGUCCAUGAUUACGAAACCGUCGAAUCUGAAACAGAGUUCACAUCAACAUCACGCCGCAGAAGUUCAUCCAAAACAAAAGAUUACUUAGAGACGGUACAGACAGAAAUUGAACGGUUUUCUCCUACCCAAAAAGAAUCUCCAACUCGAAAAACUUUCCCGCAGGAAAAGAAAACACCCCAAACUUUCUCACACAGUCCUAUUCAAAAAGAUACAACUAGCACUACCAAUGCUACUCACGUAACCGAGCGCACAAAUAAGCACAAUUCAGAUUGUUCCGAUAUUGAAAUCGUUGAAACUGUUAUAGAGCGCCCCGCACACGUAAAGACACCAACACCUACACCAACAUCCGUUGGUCGUACUCGCAUAACACCAGAUACUGUAGCCGCUCGCCGCAACAUUUUCGAAACCAAUGCCACGCCGAAGGGUCACAGUCCAGGAGAAAGCAACUCGCCCUCACCUGUUGGAAGACGUCCAUCAUAUAUGGAUCACACAGUUAGCUCUUUAGAGCACAUUCGUCGUGAUUCAUUAGAAGUGAAUAAGCAUAACUAUUCACGCAAGUCAUCGGUGGAUUCGGAAAUCAAUUAUGAGCGUCGACCAAAUGCUGCAGUGAAGUUUGAUGUGCCACAUAAACCGCAGCGUACUGCUAGUAUUCCCGAAGAUAUUGAUGUUGAGAAUAUUUUCGAAUUAGAAGUAUUGGAGCGUCUUUUGGAAACUGUAACCUCAUAUGAGCUGAGACGCAGGAUUCGCGCUCAAAUACGUUUGGUUAAGAAAAAUACACUCAACACUAAUGUGGUUGACAAAAGGAAAACCGAAACUAAAGCAUCUAAUUCCAUAAGAUCAACUCACAAAACAUCUACUUACAAAUCAAAUGUGCAUCAUGAAGAAACUGACACCAUUAAUGAAGGCGUAACAACGAAAGUACCAUAUGACAAUAAAGGUAGUCCAAAACGUCCGGUUCAAACAUCAAAGGUGGGUAGGACAACUCAAAAUGUACCGCAAAGAUCCCCAUAUGGUACUGAGGAAAGUCCAAGGUCGUACAAUAAACUGCACCGCGAACAGAACGUUACUACAAAAAGAACAUAUGCUACUAAAACUCCAAAUGGUGGCACUGAAAGCCCUGAACGUCCCAGAAAAUUACCCUUUGAACGCGAUCACAGUCCCGAAACAAAAACUUCGCACGAACAAGUAAAAGAAAUACGUCGUAUAUCUGGUUCUUCGAAGUCCUCACAUAAGGAAUAUGUACAUAGCGAGCAGACGGACUACUCGGAAGAGAAUAUCAAGAGCUCCCGCCGCCACGUUGAGCAGAGUUCUGAACGCUUUGAAAAAGAUCAUAAUCGUGAACGCAAUUCUAGUCCGGAAUCUAAGAGUCCCGUUAGGGACGGCAGACAUAGUCAAGAUAUAAAAAUAAAAACUUUGUCUAGCACACGCACCAGAAGUCCUGAUGACAGAAAGCCAUCAUCGCAACGCACAACCAGUCCGAAAGGAAGAACGCCGAAACAACGUGAUGAAUUAUACAACAUUUCCAAGGUAACGACAGUUAAAACCACACGCUCACCCGAACGUAAAUCUAGUAAGCCGAACGCUGAUGAAAACGCACCCAUUUGGGCGGAUCGUAAAAAUCUGCUCAAGAGUCCAAGUAACGCACCACGUAAAGUGACAACUACGCCGUCAACACGAAACACGGCAACGAAGGUCACAACAUCGAAGACAAUCAGUCAACGCCAAACUCAGAAUAGAAACUUUGAAGAAGAUUCAAUCACCUCGAGUUAUGGCAUUGGACCGACAGACGAAAAUGGUUUGCCUUUAUUCGGCAUUAAGGCGUUGAAAAAGAAGAAGCCCAGCCAGCCCUGUGAAGCAACUGAAGAAGUCACAGGCUAUGUGAUCGAGGAGAAGUAUUAUUCAGAUAGUAAAACGAAGCCGAAAGUUGAGCGUAAGGAGUACAUUUAUUCAACAAAUGCCGAUGAACUCGAAGAAAUUACGAAAACUCUUGAGCAAAGCCGUAAAUCUUCAGAGGAUAAUGUGGAUGUCAUCAGAAAAGUUGAGAAACUCGAUAAGGAUUACGUUUUUGACAAACCGGAAGCUAUAAUGCCAGACACAGAGGACUUUGCUACAACGUCCAGCAAAUAUGUUCGCCGUGGAUCAGUGAAGGAGCUGAGUGAGAAAUUCAUACGAAAAGAGUCUUCACAAUCAGUAACGGAAAAAUCCGGUGGCUACCCGAAGGCCGGUUUGAUUUUACGUACCAGCCGUGGAUCAUCAUCAGAACCAAGUGGAGAUGGUUACGAAAUAACUACUGAAAAAUAUACAACAACAUCGAGCAGUCAUGGUUACCGCGGCGAUUCCGACGAUGAACAAAACGUGCAGCUGCGUCAGAAACAAACACGGCGUAUUCUCACUGACUACGACGAUAACGAAGCCGACCAAUGUCACUUGAGUACUCGUUCAUCGACUAAGUCCACACGCUCGUUCCUUAACAGCAGCGGCGAAACUAAAGUGGUGACCAGCGUGGAUGAUGCGCUGGAGCGUAUGCGUAAUGCAGAUUAUGUUGUAGAGGAAGGCGAUACGGCUGAGGAUCGCGAGGCACGUUCUUUGUUGAAUAAAUUUCUAGGUGCCAGCGUUAUAAUGAAAGGCGUCGAAAGUGUUUUGCCAACAACCAAACAAACAACAACUACUACCAUUACCAAAACUUCAUACGGCGAUGGGGAUGAUGGCGACAGAGACCUACUGAAGAAUAAAGCGGUGAAAACCACUCGCAUAACGAAAACGACCAAGUCUGGAAGCUCUUCAACACCAGUUACCCGUACAACUUGUGAUAUCGAGGAGAUCUGGGACGAAGAAAUCUUAAAGGAAUUGCUUGAACAGGCCACAACAUACGAAGAACGCCGGAAGAUACGCGCGCGUCUACGAGAUUUAAUGGCGGAACGUGAAGAGAAAAAAGAUUUAAAAUCGGGUGAUAUAUCCGAAAACGUUCCAGAAGUCGAUGAAAGCAGUGCUAGUGAGUACGAGGAGAUCAUUGAAGAGGUUACUGUAACCGAUUACAGUGAUGCUGAAGCCGAUCUAGGCGAAGAAGAAGUAUUCAAAUCAAGUCACAACAUAGCUAGUGAAGCUAAAGAGACCACAGAUAACAUUGAAAAGAAAGAAGAAGAAGAAGAAGCAGAAAACAUUGAUAAAGAAAAAGAUACUAGUGUUACUGAAAAUGUAAAAGAAGAGAAGGUAGAGCAAGUAACUAAAGAAAUUGAAGAAGUAAACUUAGAAGCAAAAGAAAGUGUUGCCACAAAAGAAAUAAACGAAGAAGCUGACGUUGAAAGCGAUAGUAAGAAUUCAAACUCGAACGAAGAGAGUGUAGCUGAAUCGAGUGUCGACAAAACCGACUCGAAAUCCGUCGAUGACGAUAAGGAGCAACAAGCUACAUCCACCACUGAGAAAACAGAAACAAAGGAAAAGGAUGGCGCCGUUGUAACCACAACAACAAAAGUUACAACACGCACAGUUACUGGCGCUGGCAGCACUGCAGCGAAGCCAGUUUCACCGUUUGCGAAAUUCCGUCAGCUGGACAAACAAAACUCACAACAAUCUCCAAAAUCACCGUCAACACCCACCACCCCCGGGGGCACAGCCUCACCUUCUGGCUCCGCACGUAUAUUCCAAUUUACUGAUCCAGCAUUAAAUGCACGCGCCGCCACUGUGAAGGAGCAACUUCUGCAGUGGUGCCAAUCGAAAACACAGGAAUAUGAGAACGUCCAAAUAAGCAACUUUAGUGCCAGCUGGUCAGAUGGUUUAGCAUUUUGUGCGCUAAUACAUCAUUUCUUGCCAGAUGCCUUCGAUUAUAGUAAAUUAACACCUCAAAACCGAAGACACAAUUUUGAAUUAGCUUUCACUGUGGCCGAUGAGAAAGCUGGCAUAGCGCCACUACUCGAUGUCGAGGAUAUGGUAGAGAUGAAACGGCCUGACUGGAAGUGUGUUUUCAUCUACGUGCAAAGCAUCUACCGUCGCUUCCGUAAUUGCCAGUAAAUGCGGCGCAAGCGAUUUAAAAAUCAAACGAAACAACACCUUCGACAUCCAGAACUCUAAAUCCGGUCACUACCACAAAUAAUCCACUCAUACUAAUCCACCAUUGCCAUGUCAACGCACACCCAAAGUGUUGACUGUACUAAAAUCAGCCGAAAUAAAUGGUUAGGGCUCUACGAGCGUUUACAAGGUUUAAAUAUUUUCACUAAAUCGUGUUGAACUAAAAGAAAAAAAUAAUUGCUGUAAAAAUUUAAACAUUUUAUUUAUUGGUUAUAUAAAUGUUAACAGUAAAAAAUGCAAGCCAUAAACCAUUUUUACUACUUUUUCUGAUCUGGUUCGUGCGUAGUUGCAGCCACAGUGCUUUUGUACUUUACAGCUACGCACAACAAUAAUGCAGCUAAUUAGGCAUUAGCGACUUUGUCUAAGAAUUUACUAUGUAUGUCUACAUUUCUAUUUAACACUCAAUUGUUGUUGGCACAGAAAAGCGUGAAAUUGUAAAAAAAGAAGUCUUCUUAAUUGCAAAAUGUUAAAGGAGCAAACUAUGUUAUUGAUACUAAAUAUAUUAUAUUUACUUUUAUAUGUAUGUGCACACAUACUAAGAACCUUAUGAAUAAUACAUUUGACUAAAUACAUACGUACGUUUCGAUAUACUCCAAGCGGAACCAUGCCUACUACAUACAAUAUAUGCUAACAUUAUGUUUACUUCAAUAAAUAUACACACACCCAAACACAUAUAUAAGUACAUGCAAAUGAUUUUUUAUUUAAAUUUGUCUAUUGAAUUGUGGCUGCAUUGCAUACACUCACACAUAUAUACAUAUGACAUAAUAUA